AUGGCUGAUCGUCGUGCUAGAGAGGCCAGAAAGCAAGCAGAAGCUACUCGCCAGAGAGAGAGCGAGCAGAGAUCGUCGGAACCUGAGCGCAGAAGAGCAGCAGCCGCUGCUAUGGACCACAUGACUCCUCUUCAGUCAGACGACAUUCCAGAUGAUCCCCCUCCGAGACUGCGAUCUCAGUCACAAUCUGCGCAACCAGUCAAAUCUCAACCCGCGUCUGGACAGAGAAGAUCCCAGACUGGAGCCCGUGUGUCUUCAGCCCCCAAUCCUCCCCAAUCAACUUCAGUCAACGACUUUGGUUCGGAACAUGUGCCUGAGCCAGGCGCCCACUUAACAUUCCCUCAUGCAUUCGAGAGAUGGGAGAUUCUGUCGUCGCACUGGGAGGGUCUUACGUCGUAUUGGCUACGUAAGAUUGAGGGCAAUACUGAGGAGAUCCGCGGUGUCAUUCCAUCCGCAUCAGCUAUGCAACGUCAAAUCCAGGAUCUGUCAGCUGCUGGGGCCAACUUGUUCCAUGGCUUGGUCGAAUUACAGCGGCUUCGUGCCAGCUCGGAACGCAAGUUCAAGCGCUGGUUCUUCGAGUGGAAGGCCGAGCAGGAGAGAUUCCAGGAGUGGCGCGCCGAUUCGCAAGGCGUUAUCAAUGCCGAACGCCGCCUCAAGGAGUCAUACGAGCGCGAGGUCGAAAAGAUUCGUCAGGCAUAUCUUGCCGUGGAGAAACGUGCCAACGAGGACCGCAGAGAGUUGAACAUCGCCAAAGCCGAAGCCAGACGCGCUUGGGAGAGCCUUGGUGAGAUGGAAGCCAAGAACACCGAGAUCAUGAACAACCUUCGUCUAGGUAUUCCCACUAACAUUGGAGGCAUCCAAGUCGUCCCCAUGCAUGCUGCUGGCAACCAGGAUAAUGAGCGUCGCCCCACCACUGGCGCCAGCACUGGUGAUAGCCCUCAGUACCGAUCGCAGCAGUCUCCGCAGGUUCAUCACGCUCAGCAACAGUAUGAGCCUAUCGUUCCUGAUAUUCAGUACCGUGAGGAUGAGCCAUCUCCCACCAACACCGAUCCUUUCGUCGAGUCCGCCGGAGCUGCUCAAAGACUUCACCACGAGCCUGGCAUGCAGCAGCUCGAAUCCGAUGCGCGCCAGCCCUACCUUCCUGGCAGUGCUUCUGCCUCGACUUCAACUGCACGUACGACCAUAUCCCCUCAGCAGCAACGUCGCGACAUCUCUCCUCAGGAGAUGUCACCUCUUUCUCCUAAUGUUACUACCACUCGUCCCGUUAUCCAGCCCAGUCAUGCUGCCAGCGUAGGCACUUCCAGUGAUCAGCCCGAGCUCUUCUAUCAACAGCCUCCUGGCACAGCUUACCUCCACACUUCACCUGGAAGCAGUGUUGCACGUUCCAAGACUCCUGUCGCAGAGGCAGUUCAAGGUACCCGUGAUCUUGGCUCGCGUCCUUCAUUCGAGUCCAACACUACCGAGGGCACCGAAUACGAGAUGGAUGAGCAUGGUGUUGUACGUCGCGACGCUCAAGGCCGUCCUGUCGUCUACCGCAACACCAGUCGUGGUGCCAAUCAGAACGCCAGUAUCGUCUCGUCUGAAGAGUACGACACUGCUGCCGAUGUCGCCCGUGAGCGUGAACUCGCUGCCCGCUACGGUAUCGGCCCGCCUCCUGCUACACUGCCUCGCCUCCCCACUAGCAGCGCUGAGGCUAUGGCAUCUUUUGCUACCUCGACUGCCGACGAUGCCGAACCUGCCAGCUACCGUGACGUCGAGCCUGCCGACUAUGAGGGCGCUGGCUACGGCAGCGACUGGGAAGCUCUGCAGAGCAGACACCACCACCCCACACGUCUUUCGGAUGUGCUUGAGGAGGACGAACGCAGUCGCACCACUGCUGAAUAG